AUGAAAGACUCGGACAACGUCUCUGCUAACGGAAGCACCCGUAGUAGACGUAGAGACCGCAGCGGUGACCGCUCUUCACGCCGCCCUGAUUCGCGCGAUCGUCGUGAGCGCUAUCGCUCCAGCGGUGGUGACUUUUACCGCGGAAACGGUCGUAACAGAACUAGAUCCCCCUCAGACGACGACAGAUACUACCGUCCUUCUGAUCGCUCCCGCAGAGACGACGACCGCCCACGCCGUCGCGACAGAGAGCGUGGUGACCGCCGUUCGCCCCGUCGUGAUCGCGGCGACUCAUACCGUGGUGGACGCGCUGCUCGUGAUAGAUCUCCCCCUCGCCAAAGAACUCCCGAGCCCACCGACGACGAGCGUGAUCGUCGCACAGUCUUUGUUCAACAACUCGCCGCUCGUCUACGCACCAAAGAGCUCGAAGCAUUCUUUGCUCAAAUUGGUCCGGUCAAGGAGGCUCAGAUCGUCAAAGACCGUGUCAGUGGUCGCAGCAAAGGUGUUGGAUACGUGGAAUUCAAGGAAGAAGAGUCGGUUCAGAAGGCACUUGGCUUGACCGGUCAGAAGCUACUUGGUAUCCCCGUCAUUGUACAACUCACAGAAGCUGAGAAGAAUCGCCAGGCUCGUGUAGCAACUGGCCAGCCCACGCAAUCUAACGGCAUACCUUUCCACAGGCUUUAUGUUGGUAACAUCCAUUUCUCCGUCACCGAGGAAGAUUUACGCGACGUCUUUUCGCCAUUUGGUGAGCUCGAGUUUGUCCAAUUGCAGAAGGAGGAGAACGGACGCAGCAAGGGUUAUGGUUUUGUGCAAUAUGUUGAUCCCGCUCACGCAAAGGCAGCACUCGCCGACAUGAAUGGUUUCGAAAUCGCCGGUCGCCCCAUCCGCGUCGGUCUUGGUAGCGACAAAUUCACCCCUGAGUCCACCGCAAGCUUAUUGCAACGCUUUGGUAGCCAGAACCAGGCUGCUCAAUUCCAAGGAUCGUCUUUCUCUGGCGCUGGAGGCCGUGGUGCGCAUGCUGGUGGUAACAACAACUUUGAUCGUGCCGGCGCCCGCGAAGAAAAGGGUACUGGCGGUGCCAGUGCUCUUGACGACGCCGAUGUCGGUGGCGUCAACUUUAACAACUUCAGCAGAGACUCCCUUAUGCGCAAGUUGGCUCGUACUGAAGACCCUGCUCCACAGACUCAGGCCGCUUCCUCCCGCCCUCAUGCCGAUGCCAAAAAGAAUGUCCUGCACACUCCCGCCCCCAGCCGCUGUAUUGUUGUGAAGAAUGCCUAUGACGAAGCCACGCAAACCGACCCCCAUUGGGCCAAAGACCUCGAGGAAGAUUUCAAGGAAGAAUGCAGUUCCAAAUACGGCAAAGUCGUUCAUAUCGGUGUCUUCCGCGACAGUUCUGACGGCGAGAUUUAUGUCAAGUUUGCCGACAUUGCUGGAGGCGAUAGUGCCCUCAAGGGCCUCAACGGCAGGUACUUCGAUGGCCGCACGCUGACGGCCACGCCAGUUGUUGAUGCUGUCUACAACAUGAAUUUCCCCAAAGCUGCCAGCCUCUAG